AUGAAAAACAAUCACAUUCUACCAAAUAAUCACAGGAAUGCUAUGAAAAGGGUAAAAGAGUGGCAUAAUCAGCCUAGUAGAGCAUUAAGAAGGGCUAAGAAUAGGAAAAUGAAAGCCAAAGCUUUAUAUCCUGCACCACUAAAAAAACUGUGUCCUAUUGUAAGGUGUCCUACAAUUAGAUACAAUAAAAAGCAGAGAUUAGGUAAAGGGUUUACUCCCGAAGAAUUAAAAGAGGCAGGUAUUGAAGUAAAUUAUGCUAGAAAAAUAGGAAUAAGAGUUGAUACUAGAAGAAGGAAUAUGAAUAAAGAAACACUAGAUCUUAACUCACAGAGAGUAAAGGAAUAUCUCAGUAAAUUAACUAUUUUUAAGAAUGGAAAAGAAGCCAAGGAGAGUGGAGUUAAACAGCAUAAAGGAAUUAUUAUGCCUGUUAUUAGGAAUAAGCCACAGGUGGAACUUAUUGAAAAGAGUGCUAUUGAAUCUUAUGAAUAA